AUGUCUCCUUUCUUCCAGUGGGCCUUGGUGGCCAGUUCUUGUCUCGUCUCUGCCGUCGUCGCCACGCCCCUCUCCACAAACCCAGAUGGCGUCCCCCGUCGCUCGUCGCCGUUCACUUUGGCGCCCGUCAUCGCCAGCGAGCACCCCCACGGCACAGUGAACAACUCGUACAUCAUCAUGCUCAAGGAUGGUGUCACCGACCAGCUCAAGACCAACCACUUGAACUUCCUCCAGACCCUGCACCGCACGGACCCACUCGUGAGCGACUUCCAGGGUAUCCAGAAGGUCUACGAGGGUAUCCACGGCUACGCCGGCCACUUCAGCGACAGCGUCAUUGAGCAGCUCAGGACGCUCCCUGAAGUCGACUACAUCGAGCGAGACCAGAUUGUGCGCACGCAAGAGUUCACCAUCCAGAAGUCCGCUACCUGGGGUCUUGCGCGUAUCAGCCAUCGACCGCGUCUCACAUUUGGUACUUUCACCAAGUAUCUCUAUGAUGACGUUGCAGGCGAGGGUGUUGAUGUGUAUGUUGUCGACACUGGUAUCAACAUUGACCACGUCGAGUUUGAGGGCCGUGCGUCAUGGGGCAAGACGGUUCCCCAGAACGACAUCGAUGAGGAUGGUAACGGCCACGGUUCCCACUGCGCUGGUACCAUUGCCUCCCGCAAGUACGGUGUCGCGAAGAAGGCCAACGUUAUCGCUAUCAAGGUCUUGGGCACCAACGGAAGCGGAACCAUGUCGGAUGUUAUCGAUGGUGUCCUAUGGGCCGCACAGCAGGCUGCCAAGAAGGCCGCUGCUGCUGACGCCGAGUUCGCUGCAACUGGCCGAACCAGUCACAAGGGCUCUGUUGCCAACAUGAGCUUGGGUGGUGGCAAGUCUCAGGCACUCGACACUGCUGUCAACAAGGCUGUCCUCUCCGGUCUCCACUUUGCCGUUGCCGCCGGUAACGACAACCGCGAUGCUUGUAACUACUCGCCCGCCUCUGCUGAGAACGCCAUCACCGUCGGCGCUUCCACUCUCGGUGACGAGCGUGCCUACUUCUCCAACUGGGGUGCUUGUGUUGAUGUCUUUGCUCCGGGCUUGAACAUCUUGUCAACCUACAAGGGUAGCCGAACUGCCACCUCGACUUUGUCCGGUACCUCUAUGGCCUCUCCCCACACUGCUGGUCUCCUCGCCUACCUCCUCUCCAUCUACCCCCACGCCUCUUUCGACCCCACCUUCGACGCCGAGGAGAACCUCAUCAGCCUUACCAACGACAAGCUGCUUUCGAAGACCACGAGUAUCUACGCUCUCGCUCACGCCACCCUUCCUCAAUGGAUCGCCAACUUCUUGCCUUCUCCCUCAUUAGUUGAGGCUUCCAUCGCCCCUGUUCCCAAGCGACCCACCUUGACGCCUCUUCAAUUGAAGAAGGCCGUGAUUGCUCUUACGACCAAGAACGUCCUUUCUGGUCUUCCCGAGAAUACUGUCAACAAACUCAUUUUCAACAACGCUACUUCCCAUUAGAGCGUUUCAUGAUGUUUUGUGUAACGAUAUAACAGUAUAGCUAUCUUAUUUCGUUGGUGGCCUGGGGGUGGGGUGGAGGAGGGCGUGGUUGUGGUGUUUGUCGUCGUUGAUCGUUUGGUGCACGAGCCUCUUUUUGGUUCCGUUGGCUGUUGACUCUGCUUCCUCAUCUUCGUUUCAAUCCUCCGUUCCUCUUUCCUUUCGUUUGUCUACCAGAUCAUUAUAUCUUUGGAUAUCCUUGGUCGGCUGACUAGUAUCGUUUGGGGACGGAGACGUGGAAGCUAGGAGGUUCGUGGCAGUCGAUGGUUCCCUAGAGAGGUGGUGGAUGCAGAUGAUGGAACGAUGGUGAUAGCUACUCUAUUCCCUUUUUGGUUCUUCGAUGUGGUGGUUCCACCGCCAUUGUGUUCUCUCCCCCCUGUGUACUCGCUUUGCUCUCGCUCUAGUUACGCUCAUUGUACUAUUAGUUUCUCGUUCAUUGUCACGUUGCAAUCUAUUGCAUUCACA